AUGUCAAUGCGCGAUCGCCUUUUGGAAGAUGCCAAGUGGAAUUUGAGGCAGGUGGAGAGAGAGAUGCAGAGGCAGAGGAGGCUGAUGGACCUGCGCCUGCAGCAGCUCCAUGAGGAGCUGCCUGCGUCCUGGCGAUGCAGCCCGUACCCGCUCUCCUGCUGCCUGUGCCAGCCUGACCUCCGCCCCUGGGAGAGGAGGGCCCUCACCACACGGCUGGAUGUGGAGCAAGAACUGGGCAGCAUGCAAAGAAGACUUAACAGGAUGUCGAACUCUUCCCAUGACCACCAGCUUUUGAGUUUGAUGGAUAUGGAGGGUUUUGAACCCAAGGAAAUCAUGGUAACAGUGAAAGAUGGGAAGGUGAAGGUGUUAGCAGAGCACAGUGAGAAGCGCACCACUGCAAGAGGGAAGGAGUAUACCUACAAAAACUUAACAAAGGAAGUCAGCCUGCCACCGGGAGUGAGCGAGGACGAGGUGACCUGGUCGCUGGGAGCAAAUAGCAUCAUGAAGAUCGAAACAACAGACAAGUGCUACCCUUGUCUCCUGAGACGCUGA